UUCAGAAUAAGACACACAUCCUUUAAUCUUAUCAUUUACAUUGUCUGGUUUUAUAAAGCAAAUAGGAGCAGAGUUUAGACACCGAAAUGUCUUCUCCUGCAAGGACAAUUGUUUGUAUUUUUGUGUUCUGUUGUAAUCUUGGGGUUGUGCUCAGUGUUCAGUGUUGUCGAGACGGAUGGACCAGUUUUAAUGGAUCUUGCUAUUUCUUCGGGCAUACUGAUAAGGAUUUCCUGGAAGCUGAAAGAUUUUGUGCGCACUACAAAGCUCAUCUAACAUCAAUAGAGACACAGAAUGAAAACACCUUCAUAAAAAGUCACCUUCAAAACUAUAAAGACAACAAACAUUGGAUAGGACUGACAGAUGAAAUUGUUGAAAAUGCAUGGAAAUGGUAUGAAAACGAUAAGCCUGCGACUUUCACUGACUGGGGGAGUAAUCAGCCCGACCAAGGAAGAACCGCUAACUGUGUAGCUAUUUGGGCAAGUUACAAAUACCAGUGGGUCGAUGAACCAUGUACACACUUGUUUAAACCCCUAUGCGAAAUGAAGGCUAACGUUGAAGUUGAAGUAGUCGGGAAGUAGACCGCAACAUUAAGGUGUUGGUAUGUGUUGUGAGCCUUCUGAUAAAAGCCAAUUAAAAUAAUUUAUCAUUAAA